AUGCUUUCCAAAUCCCUCUGUGGAUUAUCACGAACAGUUGUACUCCGCAGGAAUGCUUCAACCUUCAGCGGGCUCACUUCCGAGCAGUUCAUGAAGUCUAUGACUAAUGAGCCUAUUUUGGAGUAUAAGAAAGGAAGUACAGAGAGGCUUGCUCUUGAAAAAGAGCUUACUGCUAUGAGCAAGACUACUGUUGAUGUACCGUUGCGCAUAGGUGAUAAGAAAAUCUUCAAUAACCUUGAGAGAAAUCAAGUUAUGCCAUCAGAUCAUGCUUCCGUUCUUGCUAGAUAUACUUAUGCAACUAGUGAGCAGAUUCAAGAAGCGAUUGCAGUUUGUUUGGAGAAAAGAGCUGCUUGGGAACGAGUACCUUUGAAAGAACGGGCAGAAAUACUCCUCAAAGCUGCUGAUUUAUGUGCCGGGAAAUAUAGAAUGAAACUAAAUGCUUCUACAAUGUUAGGCCAAGGAAAAAACAUUCUCCAAGCAGAAAUCGACGCCGCUUGUGAGCUGAUCGACUUCUUCCGAUUCAAUGCCAAAUUCGCAUUGGAGGCUGACAAGUAUACUCCCUUAAGUACUCAAAUUAGUACAAACAAGAUGAUUCUACGUGGAAUGGAAGGUUUCGUUGCCGCAAUCGCUCCAUUCAACUUCACGGCCAUCGGAGGAAAUUUGGCAUCUGCUCCCGCUUUGAUGGGAAAUGUUUGCUUGUGGAAGCCUUCCGAUACUGCUGUUUACAGUAACUACAUCAUUUACGAAAUUCUAGAAGAAGCAGGAAUCCCUUCUGGCGUUCUUGCAUUCUUACCCUCUGAUGGUCCUGUUUUCGGAAACACAGUAACUGCUCAUGAAAGCCUAGUAGCCAUCAAUUUCACCGGAUCAGUCCCUACUUUCAAGACUUUGUGGAGAAAUGUUGCUGAUAACUUGGACAAAUACAUCACUUUCCCCAAACUCAUCGGAGAAUGUGGUGGAAAAAACUUCCAUUUCGUUCAUCCCUCAGCUAAUGCUGACUCUGUUGCAACAGGAACUGUGAGAUCUGCAUGGGAGUAUUCAGGACAAAAAUGCUCUGCUUGCUCUAGAAUGUAUGUGCCUGCUUCUAGAUGGGAAGAAAUCUCGAAGAAAAUUGCUGAUAUUCAUAAGCAGAUCAAGCUUGGCGACGUUCGUGAUGGAUCUAUCUUCCUAUCAGCUGUUAUCGAUGAGAAGUCGUUCGCGCGUAACAAGUCUUACAUAGAUUAUGCUAAGACCGGAGCUGAUGGAGCCAAAAUUGUGUUAGGAGGAUCUUAUGAUGAUUCGAAGGGGUACUUCAUCGAACCUACUCUGAUUACUGUUACAAACUUCAAUAGCAAACUCAUAACUGAGGAAAUCUUUGGACCUGUUAUUACCGUUUUCGUUUAUGAGGAUAGUAAGGUCGAUGAAGUCCUCAGUAGUAUUAAGGAUGCGACUCCAUAUGGUUUAACUGGAGCCAUUUUCUCUGAAGAUAAAGUAUUCCUCAAUAAGGCUAAGGAUGUUUUGAGAGAUUCCGUAGGUAACAUGUAUUUGAACGACAAAUCAACUGGAUCUAUUGUUGGCCAGCAACCAUUCGGAGGAGCUCGAAUGUCCGGAACAAACGAUAAGGCAGGAGGACCCCAUUAUGGAAUCAAAUGGGUUUCACCAUUGACCGUCAAAGAGACCAGUGUUCCACUGACCGAGUGGCGUUAUCCAUCCAUGGAUUAA